AAGAGAGAAAGAAAGAUAGAGAGAGAGAGACGGUAAAAGAAAAAUCUUUUUUUAUUUUUUCUCUUGUCUGGUAAAGCUCACGACAGAUCGGAACGAGUAGCGACGAAGACUGGGGUUCUCAAGAACAUUUGUUCAAUCAGACAAGCUAAGUUGGAAUGGGAAAAGAAGUUGUUGAGUUGGUGAACACAGAUGCAUCCAAUGGAAGGGUUCACGUGGCUCCCAAGAUAGCUGCAGAGGAGGAUUAUGAGGUCAAGGAAUGCACAGAGGAAGAUUCUCUCUCUCAGAAUCAUAAAUCUCCUAAUAAUGAUGUGAAGAAGUCGUUGCAACCUGAGAACAAGAAGCAUUUGGAUGAAGAAGAUGACUAUUCUCUUGCUUCUUCCGUUGCAACAUCACUGAGGAAUGGUAAGUCUAGAGUAACUCAUGGAACCGCUCCACGGUUUAGGAGUGCUCAGCGCGCUGAGAAACGCAAGGAGUAUUACCAAAAGCUUGAAGAGAAACACCAAGCACUGGAAGCUGAAAGGAACGAGCUUGAAAAAAGGCAAAAGGAAGAACAAGAAGCAGCACUAAAACAGCUUAGAAAAAAUCUCAAGUUUAAGGCUAAUCCCGUUCCUAACUUCUAUUACCAAGGACCACCCGUGAAACCAGAGCUUAAAAAGUUUCCUUUGACGCGUCCUAAGUCGCCGAAACUCAAUAUGUCUCGGAGAAAGAGUUGUAGCGAUGCGGUUAGCUCUUCCGGUGAAGAGAAUCCGAAGUCAAACUCUGCACAGAACCGACACAGCGUCGGCAGAAUAGGAUUGAAGCCUGUGACUGUGAACGAGUGCUCUCAAGAAGCUUCCAUGGAGGAAGGAGUUUUCAUAGCCUAAUUUGAUUGUACCGGAGAAAACCAAAGCAAACUCAUGAUUUCUGGUUAACUUCCGGUAUUUGUUGGAUUUAAAAACCGUUCCCCUCGAGCGGAUUACUGAUUGUUUGUUUGUUAUUUUCUUUUUUACGUCUGUCUCUACUUGAUUUCGGUUUUAAUUUUACGUAACCUUUAAAUCUAAAAGUUGUAUAUUUUAAGUGUUGAGGAAUCGUGGAGCUAAAGAUUGCAUCAAUUAUAC